AUGAAACUGUCACCAUACUACAAGACUUUUGAGGACAAUGUGGAGAUUUGGACGGAUAGAUUGAAUCGGAUGGAAGGGACAUUCAAGAAAUGGAUUGAUGUCGAACGCCAAUGGGUCUAUCUUGAAGGUAUAUUUUCUGGUAAUGCUGACAUCAAGCACCUCCUAGCCAACAAGAGUAACCGAUUUGACCACAUUAACGCCAAAUACCUGGGCCUCAUGAAGAGGGGUUUUAGAUUGCCGCACGUCCUAGACGUGGUUCAGAUACCCAAGGUUCUCAAAACUCUUGAUAGACUAGUUGAGGACUUCAGCAAGCUGCAAAACACUUUUGGUGAAUAUCUGGAGAACAAGCGUUCAUCCUUUCCUCGCUUCUACUUUGUCGGUGAUGAAGAUCUACUCAAAAUACUUGGAAACAGCAAAGACAUUCUCCGACUCGUCAAACACCUCAAGAAAAUGUUUGCGGGACUAUCCACCCUUAGUUUCAAUGAGGAAGUGACUCAAAUCAAAAAAAUGUGCUCACACAAAGGAGAAGAAGUCCCUUUCUCAACUCCAAUUAUUCUGAAAGAUUACCCUAAAAUCAAUGAUUGGUUGACCAGGCUCAAGUUGCAGAUGCAAUCUUCCCUGGCCAAGCUGCUUUUGCAAGGCGGUUGA